CCUCAUCUGAGGCGCUGCUCUGCACCCUCCCGCAGGCUCAAGGAAGAGCUGCUCUGAAGGGAGAGAGGAGCCCAAGACAGAAGACUGAGGCGAGCCGCUGUAGAUGCCUUGGACUCCAGAGCAGCCCUCUGGGCACAUCGAGGGGCCCCCUGCAUCGGAACUGACCUCGUGGCCCCCACUGCCCUGUGGGCCUUGCAUCCCCAUCAUGCUGGCCCUGGCCUCCCUGGCCGCCCUCUUCCUCCUCACUACAGCUGUGCUGGCAGAGCGCCUGUUCCGCCGUUCUCUACAACCGGACUCCAGCAACCACGCACCCACCCUGGUCUGGCGCCCUGGAGGAGAGCUGUGGAUUGAGCCCACAGGCACACCCCGAGAGCGCUCUGAGGACUGGUAUGGCUCUGGGGUCCCCCUGCUGAUGGACCAAGCCCCAGAUCCUCUGAGCCCCGGGGGCAGCUUGGAGGCCCGAGCAACAGCCCCACCUGCCCCUUCAACUCCAUACUCCCCUCCUAGCUCCUUAGUCCCCCAGAUUCCAUCCAAGGCUCCAGCCCAAAGCACCUUCUGGGGGCCGCAGGCCUGGGAGGGGAGGCCCCACGGCCAAGGCCUGGUGAGCUGGGCUGAGCCUGAACAGAGGCCAGAGGCCAACGCAAAUUUGGGGAGCCCCCAGGCCCGAAGGCAGCGGCCAGGUAGCCCUGAUCCUGAGUGGGGCCUCCAGCCUCGGGUCACCCUGGAGCAGAUCUCAGCUUUCUGGAGGCGGGAGAGCCGGACCAGUGUGGGUUUCUGAAUCCCCAGAGCCUGGAGGACUGGCCUCCCAGAGACCUCUGAGGACGGCCCAGCCUCAGGACCUUAAGACCCUGAGGCUCCAGCCUGGGAACCCAACUGAUAGUUGAAGCCAGGGAAGAAUGCCCCAGGCCUUUUACAUCUGGAUUUCAAUUGAGUUGGACCUGGGUCUGGGCAAGCCUUGUGUGGACAGAGCCUGUGCUGAGGGCCAAGCUCAGAUUAGCCUCUGCUUAGCUGCCUGGGGGAAGGAGGAGGGGCUGUGGUACAGUGAACUGGAGAUGCGGUCAACUCUGGGCCAGAAGCUGCCAAGGCCACUUUUCUGAUUAAGGAUUCAAGGUACAACACAGGCAUGACAUAGCAUCUCUGCAGUGGCUUCCACCUUCCUUCACUGUGCAUCUAAGUGGCCAAUAUCAGAAGGAAGGGGUCCCGUAGAUGCUGCAGAACAGACCGAGUGUGGUAAUGAUGUGUGCCAGCUGUGCUGGCAGGAGAUGACAGGAAUCCAGCUCCCAGAGCCACAAACCAUCCCUCCAGGGAACGCACAUAAAGAGACAUCAAGACCAGGCAAAGGAGCAUCUUACUAUACAUGAACUGUGACUGUGACCCCCAGCUCACCGCAGCAAACUUGGGGAGACACGCUGGAGAGGCCCUCUCUUACCUUCGGCUGGGACCUAGAGUCAAAGAAAACCAGUAGGCUCCUCUGUCUAUCCUCUGAAGGCUGACACAUGCCAGCCCUCUGGAUCUUACCCCUCCAUGGUGAGCAGUGGUCUCCAACCUUUUUGGCACCUGGGACCAGUUUCGUGGAAGACAAUUUUUCCACACACUGUGGGGGUGGAGCAGAGGAGGGGGAAUGGAGCUCAGGUGGUAAUGUGAGCCAUGGGGAGCAGAAUGAAGCUUUGCUUGUUUGCCCACCACUCACUUCCUGCUGUGCAGCCCAGUCACCAACAGGCCAAGGACCUGUUCCCGUCCAUUGCCCGGGGUGCUGGGGACAGGGGGCAGGGUGGCGUUUGGGGACCCCUGAUGGUGAGGGAGGCCUGGGCCAAGGAGAUAAGAGGUUGGUCCAUUGGGAAAGGAGCACAGUCCCAGGGCAGGGCAGCUCCCAAAAUGCAGCCUCUGGCUGUCUUCCCUCCUAGCUUGCUGGCGCUCAGAGAGAGAGAAUCCACCCCGCCCCCCCACGGCAGGAUUACUUAUAACCCACCACGCAGGAGAAAUGGAACCCCCCAAUGACCUUGGCCCUGUAGGCCUCUGUAUCAGCUGACCUCCUCUUUAGGAGCAAAGGUGGGGGUGGGGGGCUGGGACAGGCGAAGGAGUUUUCAUUUCCCAGAUGUGUCGGACUCCAAACCACAGUCCUGAAUGUUAG